AGAAGAAUCCAAGUUGUUCUAUUUAUUGAUACACAAAACAUUUAUUUUUUACUACAAAGAUAUUUAUUUCUACAUUGUAUUUAUUUUUUCAUGUCAAGUAUGCUAAACCUGAUGGUUUACAAAAUGUUAAAAUACUUUGUGUUACCUCCUACUGACUUAUUGUGAGCAAAAAUGAAUUGGAGAAUGCAGCCUAUGCAGAUACGUUGGUGGUGGUCAAUUAUGUGUGUGAAAAUGAAGAAUGAAGCAUGAAUAAAAAAAAUACCUGUGUAUCUGGGGACGGGGUGCAGUUAUCGAGACCUUUUAAGCACAUCUUUCAAACAGUAUGAAAAAUAAGUUUCAACACGCUAAGUAUCUUUUAAAAAUAUGGUUUGCGUUCUGAGGUCGUGAAGCACGCUGUGUGUAGUUUGAAGUCUUGAAUUUAUUUUUUUAAAACAGAGAUAGCAACAGAAAUGUUGAUUCUGGAAGGAGUGAAAGCCUGAAAUUUUUGUUUCACCUGCCAGGCAGUAAUGCUGUCAUGAAGGCAAAUGUUCGUACCUGUUUUAAAAUAGUCACAUAAACUUGAACACUGGUGAAAUUUUGACUUGAAACAUAUGCAAGAGGUAUGCAUGAAUGAGUAGCUAGAAUUAAAGCCAGAAUUCUUUUCUUCCCAUGUCUGGAUUUCUUUGACAAAAUGUUUUGGUGCAUAAUACCCUCAUCCCACAAAUAACCUUGAAUAGAUGACUGGGCUGGAUUGGACUUUAUUAGGCAGAAUGUAGGUAAAUCUACAAGGUGUGUUGGAAUUUUAUUUUCCGUAAGUGCAUGAAGAGUUGUUUUUCAGUACGUGAUGUAAGGCUCAGCCCCGUGAAUCCUUGGCUAUGAUGUUUUGCUGCUUAGAGAGGACUAUAUGGGAUAAUAAGAUUGGUAUAUUUCUAUUCCCAAAACUUUUAGUUACAAAGAUGGAUCCAGAAUAGUCUCAUGCAAUGUAAAAGUUGGAGGAAGUUACUGCUGAGAUGCCAGUUGAACUGAGUGUCUGCACUAUUGACAUGAAGAGCCUACCCUGAUUCCCACUGAAGCCAGUGGGAGCCAGUUUGGACUUUUUUCUUCAUGUUUUUAUCUCAGUUGCGCUAACUUUGAUUUUUUUUUUUCCAUUGAGAGCCGUAGGUGUUUGCUAGUAGACUCUAAUAACUUGAAAUGGGAAGAAAAAGAAUUGUGGCUAAAUAUUACUGCUCUUAAACAAACAAAUGCACUUACGGUAAUAAAAGAAACAAGACAGAGCACCACUUCUCUGCUGAUUGUUCUUGUGGUUAACUUUCUGAGAGCUUUGUUUAAUGCAGCGUUUGCAAAAGAGGUUGACAGAAUCAUUACUAAAUAUGUGGUGCCAACAGUGCAGACACUUGCUUAUCUGUUUAUGUUUAAGCCGUACUAUGAACGUUAAGAGGAUGAAGGUGCCUAUGCAGAUAAUGCUUAGACUGGUCAACCCGUCAGUGAUUCAGGUGGAAUAAAGCUUGUUCACUGUUAUGUUAGUCUUGGUGAAAAAUUUUAAUACAGUUUGGGGGGUGGUUGUACAUUUUCUUUUUUUAUCUGUGUGUGAAGGGUGGAGCAAAUGGAGGUCUUCUGCAUGUUCAGUCAUUACUUUGUUUCAUCUGUUUACAUUGCUGUUCUAGAUUCAUGUUUGUUUUCUUUGAUUUAACUAAAAACAUAUCUGCAUUUUUUUGUCAGAAUCACAAAUUAUGCCUUUUGCUUACACCACUUCAGCGAGUCUGCCUCUUUCAUGUCCUGCAAGCAGUUUAUUGUGCAUCUUAAGCUUUUUCUCUUUUUCACCUGUGGUGGAUAGGUUAGCAUUACACAAAAGCCAGUGAGACUGAGGUUUCACUCAACGACUUGCUAUUUUCAGAGCUGCCAGACACAUUUGUGAGAGUGUUCUCUACUGGGAGAACAUCCCAGAAGGAGCAUCCAGAGGGAAGGGCCUGUUACCAACCCAAAAAGCACGCUCGUGUGCCAGUCCUGGUCAGGUCCGGUCCAAGCAUGCACUCCCUGUGGCGGACAGAGGCACGGCCUUAUCCACUGAAGCCUUCUCCCAGGCCUACCGCACCCAGCUGCAUUGCCUAAUGACGAAGCCACCGCUCAGAUUCAAGCUGGAUUAAGCUCCCAUUGUGUAGAUGUGUGUUGAAAGCAAGGCUCUUGAGACUUACCCCGCUUGGGACUGAUGGCAGAGGUUAUCCAGGUAGGUACAAACACUCCUGUCGAUCUGGGGAGUGCGCAAGCUGCACUCGAUCAGUGUGCAGGCAUGCAGCAAUUCUGGAUAGCGAAGGAAGGGAAAAGCCUCCUGGAAUGCAGUCCGUAAUUAAAAUGUGCAUAACUAGCUUGUGUUUUUCCCUUAACAUGUGAAGUGGUUAGAUCUAAUCCUACAGGUCACUGAGGACAGGGCAGCGUAGAGGGAGAACUUCAGCUGACCGGAGUUAUUAGAGCAUUUAUCAGAAGAUUUUUGGGUUUAGAUUGUAACAAUUGUGAAAUUUUUUUUUUUUUUUUUUUUUUUUUUUGCUUAGAGCUCACAGUUGAGAAAAAGCGUAAGUUGUUGCUGGGGUUAAGCGUGUAGCUCUCCUUUGGUGAGAGUCACGUUGUUGAUGUGUGUGUGCGUUAUUGAACUGGGCCUUUCUGAUGAUCUGCUCUCAUAUGUCUGGCUAUGUAAGUACCCUUCAGAGAGACCAGUCCUACUUGUUCCAAGCUGCCUGUGACCAAGGGAGUUGGACAGUGUUUGGGCCUGUGGAGGGUGGUUUAGUAUAAGAAAUACGGAGGACAGGUAUGUCUUAGAGACCUACAAACACUUUAUGUCACAAGUAUGAUUGUUCUCAUUAAUGCAUACCCACUUCCUUGAAAAGGUAUAGAUGGGCUUUUAUGUCAAUAUAGUGGCGGGACUAAUGAAGGGAUCACCUAAUAUAGGAGGCAACAGCUUACCUGCUCUUUCAGUCUGUGUUUUCUCAGUGCUGUGCUUUGCCAGCCCUCGCCUUCUGCCCUGCACAGUCGGGUGUAGCUCCAGCCAGCGAUGCCAGGCCUUGCACAGGGCUGGUGGCCUGCCUUGCUGCAGAGAGUUGUGCACAUGGGAAGGCAGAGUGAAAAGUGAUUAGCAUGCCCCUCGGGCUCGCCAGAGCCUGUGAUCAAAGGCCUCUUGCUGGCAGCCACAGAUGGAGAACAUCAUCCAUUAUCUUCAUGUCUGAUCACUUCCUAAUCUUGGCACUAGCUGUUCUCGAAGUUCCUCUUCUGGAUGGCAGGGAACUGAGGUACAGGGAAGGAAUAUGAGCAAAGCAGAAGCUGAUCCCCAGACCCCGAACCCCAGAGUAGCAUCCUGAAUGCGGACUGUCCUCCUGGAGUUAACACAAGACCUACAUUGCUAGGGGAAAGAAAGAUCACGUUUUUCACAAUACGUCAUCUUUCAUUUUGCUCACCUCUGUUUUGCUGUAUUUUGUUGAUCUGCUCUGGCAUAUACCAGGUCUCUCUUUAAAACUGUAUCUUUGCAUGCACAAUUAUGCCCACAGGUAAUAGGAAACCAGGGUUUCAAAAGAAAACCUGAUCCCAUUGCUAGAUAAUAGCAGUUUCCUAAAUAAAUGUGUGGUUGCCCCGGGGGCUGAGGUUGCUGCCAGAUGCACCUUUUUUUGAUUGGUGAGAACAGCAGAUGACGCUUCCUGGCAUAUAAGUGCAAGAGAAAACACAGGAGCACAGAUAAGCAGAGCAAGCGAGCCAUCUGGAAAGAAGAGUGGAGAAGGUGUUAAAGCAGCUGCUUGCCAUGGCAUUUGGAAUGCUAAUCUAUAUUUUGCUGAAAGCAAUGGGGGCAAUGAGUGAAGAGUCAGCUAUUACUGUUUCUUCCCUCAGCACAGACUUAUGGAAUAAUUGGACAAAAAACAACGCUGAAGUAGACUACACAGAGCAGCCAAAGCUCUUGAAGCUCAUGCAGACCUGCCUUGAAGAACACCACAGCUAUUGUAUCAACGGGCUCUGUGCUUUCCACAGCGAACUGAGGAAACCCAUAUGCAAGUGCCUUGCAGGUUACAAUGGAGAGAGGUGUGAACAUUUAACCCUAAAUUCAUAUGCACAUAAUUCUUAUGAACGCUACAUUGCUGUGGGAAUUGGUGUGGGAAUACUGACAAGUGGGAUACUUGCUAUCAUCUACUGCUACGUAAGAAAGAGAUGCAGGAAAUGGAAAUCACCCUACAAAAUCUGCAUGGGCGAGACGGCGUUGUGAAGAUGUGGCAUUGGGACACUUACCAGUUCGCCUGUAAAUGAGAGGAAGUUCUGCUGGGAAGGCCACCCCGCUACAUCUGUCAGGUACCCCAGCCUCGCUGAUGAGGUGAAAUAAAGGGAAUGACAGAGCGAGUACAUGAAAGGAACUCCUGCAGGACUGAUGGGCUCCAUUCACUUUUGAAGAAAGACUUCCUCUUUUUAGUAAAGGUUGCUAGAUGAGCAGGUCCAAACAGCUAAGGAUACUUGCAGCCCUCUCAAUGCUCUCCUGUGGUUGGUAUUUGCGGAGGGGAGGACUGGUUGGUUUUAGCUGUUUUCAGUCAUUUCAAGCCCUAAUACAGUGUUCUGCUCUGGUCUUUUCUGUCUUUUUUUUUUUUCUUUUUUCUCCUCUGGAGGAAAAGCACAACCUAUUUCACAAUGCGGUUUUAUUCUGAACAUCACGUGCUGACAAGAAACCAUUUGGGUUCUAAUUUCAGUGUCUGCUGCCUAUGUGUGUGGAUAAACAGCCCUCUUCCAACACAGCAGUUAUCUUCAGUGUGCUAAGCAAAGCAUAGGCUUCUGUUGCAAUAAAGGACAAAAUCAUAAAAUGCUUUGGACUGAGGAAAAUGGAUGGCUCUCAAAGCUUACUUAAACUUAGGAAUAGAGAGUAAGCAAUUCCUGGAAAAUUAGACCAUGACACCUCUGGGCGUGGCAAGUUCUUACUAUUUCCAUAAGCAAAGGAAUCAGACAUCUUUCUCAAAAUGGAUUAUUGAGUGGGCUCAUGACAAAGAACUCUACUCUUCCCUGACAUCGGGUAACGGCUCAUGAGAUUGACGGAACUUCAGGCAGAACGUUACCUUGCUGCGCUGUGAUUUCAGCACAAGACUUCAGUUGCUACCGAAGCUGGAAUUGUUAUGAAACUUCAGUAUAGCUUUGCCCAGGAAACGGGACUGUCUUUAUUCUGUUCUCACAUUAUGUGCGUGAUGCGACCACUCAAAUAAGAAAGAAAUGACCAUAGGGAUUUUGUUGCACCCUGGACAAACACAUUACAUAUAAGAUGCUUGUUUUUCUUCAUCUUGUCUAUGAAGAAUCAUAAAGGUAAAAAGAUUUUUGUUCAAGGAAAAGGGAAGAAAAAUGGUUCUGAAGACGGUGGCACUAACUGUGACUUCUCACUGACAGGUGGAGCGUUUGCCAGUGCUGAUGAGACUGGAGAUGGCUCUAAGAGAUUUUCAUUUCAUGCUGUUGCACGUCGUAGAUGCAUCUGCUAUGCACAGUCAUCUACGAGAAACAGGCAGUUAGGUACUUGGCAAUUUGAUGGGGUGAUAUAGGCUCCUAAAUUUAGGUGCCCUGGUGGAAAGCUCAGUUUCUUUAUGUGAAUCAGUUUUCACAACAGAAUACAUGUCAUUUGUUGAAAAAAUCCUGUGUAUUUGUGAGACUACAAUAAUAAUACUGAAAUGUAUAUGAAAGAGUGGGUUUUGAAAAGGUAAAUGUACAUUUGGGACUCGAGUGGUCUGAAGUUCAGUGGGCUUCUGGCACAGGGGCAUGCUGGUCAGUAGCUGAGUCAUCUUGGCUCUCCAUUUGAUACCAAUAAAUAAAACGUCACACGCUGUUUGGUUGGAGUCCCCAUGGAGCACACUGGAGCAAGCGACACAUGCAUACACCGAGAAAGGAUUGUUGGUGAGGAGCUGGACGGAGACAGAAACCAGUCCUUUCCUCUAUGCAUUGACAUGAGCGUUUUGUAAGAGGCAUCGAGCUGAUUUUCCAACUCUCGGCCUUUUUGUUUUCUUCAUUUCAAGUUAAAUCUUCAGAGCUCUGUAUUUUUAGCUCCUUUCCAUUCUUCUGACCUUUCCAUAGUACCCACUGAGAGACAACUGCUGCUCUUCACAAUUUCCAAGUUAGCUUUCGGUAGUUGCCCUAAUGUUUUCUGUGUCCCACGUAUGUAGUGAGAGUGCAGUUAGAUGUUAAUUACAGUCUGCGCACCCACACACAGACAUAUAAAAAACACCCCUCGCACACGCUGGACAGACUGAAUGGAAAUACCUAUUAGAAACAUGCAUGUCAUCAGGAAAACAAGGGUGAGAGAUCUUUCUCCUCGAUCUUGAAGAAAACUUUAGAGCUACGUAGGCCAAAGGAUGAAAAGCUUCAAAGCUUUUGUCAUCAUGGAUUGGGGCUGUAGCAUCAGGAAAGGGAGUCUGGGAGAGAGCCAGUGCUACUCCAGCUCACCAUCCCCGGAGGACGCGAUCCGUGAGAAGAGCAGGAGUCAGGAUCACGGGAGACUCAGUUACAAGGCUCUGUCUCCGCAUGUGCAUUUGGGCUUGCAUCAGACUUUCAGGCACUGUUGAACAGAGACGAGACAUUUGUGUUUAUCUGCUUACCUGGGAAGGGAAAGCAAAUGCUCCGAAGAUGUAUCAACUCCACAAACAAUUUGUAGGAGUCGUGAAGUGGAAGCAUCGGUCUGACUCUCGACAGACAAAAACAAUGCAGAUCAUCCCCACAACGGCAAUGCAUAAAACUGGAUGCAAGUCCAACAGAGAGCAGCUAGAGUUCUCCACACAUCUGUAGACCUAAGAAAAUGCUCUCAAAACAAGGAGGAGUAUG